UAAUCAAGUCUGAACCAAUCAAAUUAGAACUAGAAGCAAUGGUGAAAUUUAUCCCUCACACCCGAAGGAUUUCGGCAUCCAAUUCUUAAACUACCAAAUAUAAUAACUUUCUAAUUAGUAAAGCGAACAGAGCUUGUGCCCUUCACAGAUUUGAACCAGAGCUGCAUUUGAAAAUAUGGAGGAAGGCGAGGAAACGGAAGAUGUUAAUUUGGAAGAUUUUAUGGAUGUUAUUACUGCGUACAAAUGCAAAUUCUGCAGUGUUACUUGCUCCAGCGCCCAACAGAUGACCUUACAUAUUAAAAGUGACCACAUGUUUCCAAAAGAUGGAGUUAUACAGUCGAAAAACAAGAAAGAUGACAUGGGAAUGGUUGAUUGUAGCAAUAUUACUACAGGACCUGAAGAACAGCUGACUAUUAUUACUGAUGAUGGUAAUAGUCUAUUGGCUGUGGCUACCAAUGCAACGCAGACGACAGCAGAGCCGCAGAAUCCAGGUCAAGUUCACACGAUUAAUUUGAAUGCCACUGACACCAUGACCACAGGUGCCAAUUCGUCAUCAGUGAUGUGCAUUGAUGGGGGCGAACAAUACACACUGACAACCGAUUCUUUAAUGGACAAUACACAACUCAACACAAAGUUACUAUAUGUAUGUGGUCAAUGCAGUGUUGGCUUCAACAGUAUCGAAGAUUGUAAAGAGCAUAUGUUACAAAGUCAUAGUCUCACAGAAAAUACAUUUAGACCAGAAGUUGAGUCUUCAGCAACCGAGAACACCCCGUCUAAUAAUCAAAUUAGUGUUGGAACUCAAAUGGAACCAAAGAAAAAACCAGGACGUAAAAAGAAAACAGAAGUCAAACAAGAAGUUUUGAGUUCAGAAGAAUCGGAACUGGAAGACAAAGAUUGGGUUCCCUCAGAGAGACCUGGACGUUCACGUAGAAAAAUACGAACACCAAAAGCCUUGAGAGAAGAUUAUUUCAUUGGAAAGAAGAAGAAAAAUAACAAGCAGAAACGAAUCACUAAUAAAGACUAUGCACAUAAAUGUCAUUUAUUUGGCUGUAUGGCAAGAUUCAAACAAAAAGCUAAUCUCGACAUUCAUGUGUCUUGCCACAACACGGACAAUGAAGCAUUCACAUGCCCUCAGUGCAAAAAUGGCUUUGGGGCGUGGAAAAAUCUCCGCUUUCAUUUACAUCGACAACACGAUGUUGACUUAGAUCUGUUUGAAUGCGAGGUGUGUGGGUUUAAAACAGAUACCAUGAACAAAUUACGUGUCCAUAAAGAAAUACAUAGUGACUCUCGUCCUUACACUUGUGAUAUUUGUGGGAAGGGCUUCCGUCAAUACAGUCAGAUGAAAAAUCACCAAAUGAUUCACGCAGAACAUCAGAAGAAAACAGUCCAAGUCACAGUGGUGUGUAAAAUAUGUGAAAGAACUUUCGCCAAUAAAAAAUGUCUAUUAAAACAUGAGCAGACUGUCCACUGUGAUGAAAAACCAUUUAAGUGUACAGUAUGUAGUUAUGCGACCACUAGAAAAGCCAUGCUUACACUUCACAUGAGGAUGCACACGGGAGACAAACCAUUUAAGUGUGAUCUAUGUAAUUAUGCUACUGGUGAUCAUAAUUCACUAAGGCGACACAAGAUGCGACAUACUGGCCAGAAACAGUACAAAUGUGGGUACUGUCCUUAUUCCUGUAUACAAGCCAUAUCACUCAAAUGUCAUCUAAAGACUAAGCACCCGGGCUGUGAGGGUAAUUAUGUUUGUGAACAGUGUACCUUCCGAACUCUCAAUAAAUCUGCAUAUGAAAACCACAUGCAGGAUCAUAAAAAUGGCCUAAUAACUGAAAAACCUAGAGCAAAAGUUAAAACUUCCAUUGUUACUCAGUCUUCUUUACAAAUUGCUGACACAGAAAUGAUGAACCUGGCAGAUAGUCAAGAACCUAUGCAGGUCCGAAUGCAGGUUCAAACGAUGAAAACAGGUGAAGCUCAGGUCAGUGCUGAAGAUUUGGCUAAAUUGACUUGCUAUGAGGGCCUCAUGACAGGUGAAGUCUCGGCUGCUCAGUUAAUUUAUUCUGCGUUAAAUGCCAUUUCUCAAAGUGAAAAAACAGGUGUCCCUCAGACGGCUGAAUUACUUGGUGGUGUGCAGUGUACCACACAGUCCGCAAAUUGCGAAGAAGGAGUAACUUCACAUACCAUUACCUUCCAUCUUCCAGCUAAUUUUCAAACUCAGAAUAUUGGGCAUGGAGAAGCUGUCUUGUUUGGCCAGCCUGUAGAAAUAGUCGAAGCUGUCGACCAAAAUACAGUGCAAUUCAUCAACGAAGCCACAGGAGAGGCCUUGGAUCCAGAGAAUGUUGUAACCAUGGGGAUUGUGGUCAAUGAUGAAAAUGCCGGAGUCGAAGAUGAAUUUAGCACGAAUGAAUGUAUACAGAUAGAUCCGAGUCAAGUGUCAUUCAUUGUUAACAGUGACGAAAAUAAAACUAUUGAAGAGGGGGAAACAUUGAACGAAACUUCUACCAACCCACUUAGUACAAUAGAUCUACAGCAAAUAGCACAGGUACAGGAAUAAACCAAGGUAAAAAAAAUACCGGGGAAUAUACGAUUCUUUCAAUCCCCAAAAUAGUGACAAAUUAAUGUGUGAGACGACUGCAUCAGAAAAUAUCUCAACCAACUAUGACAGCUGAAAUAUUCUGUUUAAUUACGUCACAAUUCUACACAAACCUCCUCAGUUGUCGGGACUGUGACAGGACUGAAUUCCAUGUCACGAGAUUGCAAUUCUGUCAAUUCAUAGUGUUUCGGACGGAAAAUCGAGCAUGCGCUAGGGGUAACUAGGAGUGCAUUCUCAGAAAUCGAUCAUCAUAAAACUGUUGCUUUACUGUGUUUAUGACGUAAUUGUGUUAAAUAAUGAAUAUUUCUUUUGACUUAUUCAAUAUUCAAAUGUGGGAAUGGCAGAACUAGGGCUACAAUAUAUUAAAUUAUGUAAGAUUUACAUAAAGAGCUGUCUGUUAUUGUUAUUAUUUUCUAGAACAAAAUCAUUGUACAAUAAACUAAAAAGUCUGUGGAAGAUAGCAGAUAUUUUGUUGAGGAAUAAUAUAAGUGUUUGAAGUUUUGACAAAAAAAGGGUAAAUAACCUUGUUUGUCAAGUACCAGUAUUUGUUGUUACUUGCUGUUCAUUUACAAUAAAUAUUGAAGCCUAAGUAAAUUCUUUAUUUAUCCUCUGUCAAUUUCUUUUUCCCCUGUUUAAUUGCAGAGUCUGCAGUAAAUUGAAGUCUCAGAAUGUUCUCACAACUGCUAGCCAUUUGAUUAAAAUGAACUGCUCCUUAUGUGACCAAAGCAAACAUCAAGUGGGCAGACUGUCAGUCAGUGAUGAAGUUACAUUUUUGUCCUGCCGAUGCCCCAUGGGUGUUUUUCAAAGAAUCCUAUAUUUUUCUAGUGAGAUUGUGUGUCUUCUUUCCAUAUAUACCAAAUAUGCCAUACUUUAGUCGGAUAUAAAUGCCCUAUGAAUACUUUCCAGGGAAUGCAUCUUUAAGUAUACUGAAUUAAAUCUAAAUCUAAUUAUGGACUCAAGAAUAAUAAUUUAUAAAUAAAUAUGAAUUGAUUUGUGUGUGGUGUUAAAUAUUUUGUAAGGAUGGUCAACUUGUUAUUUUUAUAUAUUUGUUUGUUAAGUUAUACCACAUAUGAAAUGUUUGAUAGAUGAAUAA